GCGGCUCCGGCCAGGCCCGCGGGAUGGUGCAGCCGGCGGGGAGUCGGAGGCGCAGAGACAGGCAGGAGCCGGGCAGCCGCGCGUCCCGCUCCGUCCCCCAUGGCAGGGCUGCCGCUGGGCUGCGAGAGCCGCCGGAGGGUGAGCCCGGGCGCCGAGCCGCCCCCCGCCUGCCUGGCGUUCGCCAUUGACAGCAUCUUGCAGCGCAAGGCUCGCGGCGGCGCGGACUCGGCCAGGAGCCCCAGGCUGCGGCGGGAGCCGGGCAGAGCCCGCGGCUCCCGGCUGGACCCGGCGGAGCAGGAGGAGGGGCCUUGGGAACGGCAGCCCCGUGCACGCUGCAGAAACCCGGGAAAGGAGACCCGCCGGAUGGCAGCGGGCCUGGCUGCAGGACGGGGCCUCAGGCCCGGCGGUGAAGCAGGAGGAGGAGCGGGCUCCCCCCUGUCUGAGGCAUUGCCCCGCGGCUCCGACCCCUCGCACCGGGAAGGAGGAGCCGCCGGGGCCCACGGGAGCCGCAGCAAGCUACUGGCAGGGGCCAGCAAGAAGAAGACCCGCACCAUCUUCUCCAAGAGCCAGGUCUUCCAGCUGGAGGCCGCCUUCGACAGGAAGCGCUACCUGAGCAGCGCCGAGCGCGCCUGCCUGGCCCGCGCCCUGCAGCUCUCCGAGACCCAGGUGAAGAUCUGGUUCCAGAACCGCAGGAAUAAGCUCAAGAGACAAAUGUCUGCGGACCUGGAGGGCCCCGCUCCGGGCCAGGCAGAGCCGCCUGGGGAAUUGCCACCCCAGGGGAGGGCAGCUGCGGCUUCGCUCGCCUUCCCGACCCUGUACAAAGACAACACUUUCCUCCGUCGUUGCUUACUGCCGCUGUCCUUCCCCCUGCUCUAUCCGGGCAGCACCGUCCCUUACCUGUGUUUCCCAAGUCCGGGCAAAUAUUUCAGCCUUGUGGAGGGGGAUGUCUAACCUCCCCCGCACCUUUCCGCCCUCCGCGUCUGCAGCCGGACGGCCUUGUUCCAGUGAGCGGCUGAUGAAGUCUGCACCUUCCUUCAGUGUCAUCUAUAUGCACAGCAUGUCAGUAGGAUCCCUUCACCCCGCUCUCUGGUGUGUCUUCCUGCAUUGGUUUCAACCCGUAACUUAUUAAAAGGACGCGACAAAAACAAGGCCCUUUGCAAAGCUACUGCUUUUAACCAGGGAUCCCUUUAACUUGGAACCCUGCACGUUCCCAGUAUCCGUCUUUCUCACACACCGUGCACCUGCGAAGCGGGUGGAUAACCCCCUUGCUCUAGCAACACUUAAUAAAAGAGAAACGCUGUCGUUUGAUUAGGUCAAAUGUUAUCCAAAGAUAUGCAAACACUCAUACUACUAUACGAAUACAAAUAUAAACCCAAGCAACGAUUAGCGGUGGCUGAUCACCAGCUGCCUUUCUCUUUCAGUUGAAAGGCUAAUUUGUCUCUAAAAUAUUGUUAAAUCUUCAAGGGGUAUUUUUACAAAGGUCUUGUUUACAAUUCCCAUUUUUCUUGUUAGUAGAGAUACAGUUGUUGAGAACCAAAGAAAAUGGGACAUGAAUUCUGGAGACCAUUCGUUUGCUAUAUAGAUCGAUGUCUCAGUAGCAAAUGCCAUGUCCCGCAUCACACUGGACUCUCUCUCUCAUGUGGUUGAGGCUGUGAGUACAAUAAACCUCUACGCCUGUCCUAAAGUACUAGGCCUGGUUACAUUCUUCUAUACCUGAGAAUUCUACUACCGUAAAUUCUCGAAAACUAGGUAUUUCCUGGCACUAUUAAGUUGCUGACAUUUUGACUAAAUUCUGAUUCUUGGGGUUUGAAACUGGCCCUUGCAACGUCUCCAAGAAAAAUCAAGCCGCCUGUCACAUUUUUGUAUUAAGCCCUAAGAAAUGUGCGGUAUUUUUAUCUGCUAUACUAGAAUAACGAAACAAUAUUUUUUAUAGAUUUCUAAACAGAAUGGUCAUAUAUUGGUUUCAAGCUUCUACUAUAUAAAAGGGUGGAAAAUAAACUUUUCUAUCAGAAACAUAAAGUGCAUGCCUGUUCAAUACAGUUAAUGAUAAGCAGUGUAAAAAUGUUUCUUAGCGCAUGUCUGAUGGAUUUUUUUUUAAAUAAAGGUUUGAGAAAAUA